CGCCCAAAGAGAUGUCAUGGCUGCCAGCUGUUUCAACCCAGUGGAGAUGACAGUAUGAGCGAUUUGCUCCCCAAAUUCUGCCCAAACUGGCCCCAUUGGUUGUACCAGGCUGUGGGGACAUCUGGAGUGAUCUUUUCUAGAAGCGUUGCCAUCACUGCCAGGAAGAAGGUUCCUCCAAGCCCUCUCCACCAGCGACACAGAGACACGACACACUUCAGCCUCGAGGACAGCUGCGUUUGCCAAGCUUACUCUGGAUGCCUCUCCGCAAGGGUGAUAACUGAUCACUGCUGAUAACUGACCCCCCCAACAAAGGCAUUUUGGACUCGGACCAGACCUCCUCUUCCAGAACCCAGUGCUCUGAAGUCCAGAUUCUGCUUUGCUACCUGGGGAUCACUACAAAUCCCAUGAUGCCCCACUCCUUCCAGCAGAAACAAGCCCAGCACAUGCUCCUCCUGUACCAGGGAGCGAACAGGAUGCGUGAGGACAGCCAGGCCCUGGUCUGGAACCAGCACAAACAACCCCUGGACCUUGACAAAAUGGCUUGCGCGGCAGACAGCUGCAUACAGUUCACGCGCCAUGCCAGUGACGUUCUGCUCAAUCUGAACCGGCUGCGCAGCAGAGACAUCCUGACUGACGUCACCAUCCUGGUCAGCAGGCAGCAGUUCAGGGCACACAAGACUGUCCUCAUGGCUUGCAGUGGGCUGUUUUACACAAUCUUCACCGAUUCCCUAAAAUGCAACCUAAACGCCAUUAGCUUGGACCCCAAGGUGGACCCAGAGGGCUUUGCCAUCCUGUUGGAGUUCAUGUACACGUCUCGGCUGACCCUUAAGGAGAGCCUGAUCAUGGCCAUCAUGAACACCGCCAUCUACCUGCAGAUGGACCAUGUUGUGGACACAUGUCACAGAUUCAUGAAGUCAAGCGAUCCGACCACUAAACUACCCAGAGAUGAGUUCCUGGUCAGCCCCUUGCUGUUGCCCCAGGACGUGCAUGCAUACCGUCCCCACGACAUGGUUGACAGCCUGCCUGGCCGCAUGGCCCCCUUCCGGGAUGGAAGAUCUUACGGCUCCAGCAUGUUCAACAGUGUCAACACUCCCAGUAACUACCAUCUCUACGGCCAGUUCCCUAUGCAGGGGUUCCCCUUCCCACUCUGCAAGCUGACCGAUGCCAAAAACGCUUUCACCGAUCUCUCCAAAAGCAGCAUCCACCACAAGCACUGUUCCCCCCCGGACGCCGGGGGUAGCAUGAGGGUGGAGUACAGCCGACCCUGCCACGCCUCCGCCUACUCCUCCUCCUCCUCCUCCUCCAGGGAGCCGGCCAGGGAGGAGGAGGUGCGGAGGGAAAGCCACGAGGCAGUCGGCCAGCUGGCGGCGUCCAGGAAGCGAGGCUUCCCGGGUCUGGCCCACGAGGCGCUAAAGGAGGCGGGGAAGGAGCACCAGACGGAGGAGGACAUGACCCACCAGCAUUACCCCCUGGGGAUCUCCUCCGUGGGACGCAAGGGCCUGAUGAGCAGCCCACAGAGCCCGCUCAAGUCCGACUGCCAGCCCAACUCCCCCACGGAGUCCAGUAGCAGCAAGAACGCAGGCCUCUCCCAGGCCACCCGCACCCAGGCCCCGCCCAGCACGCAGGACCCCAAGGCCCGCAACUGGAAGAAGUACAAGUUCAUCGUGCUCAACCAGAGCGCCAAGGAGGAGGAGGAGGGGGGGCCUGGGCUCCGAGAGCAAGGCCUGCUCUCACCCCAGCGCCUCGGCCUGACUCCCUACCUCCACCCCAGGGACGCUGAGCACCUGGACCCCCAGACUUCCUCCAAGAUCAGCGAGCACGGAGAGGACCUGCCCGCUCCUCAGGCCAGCCGGCUCAACAAUAUCAUCAACAGAGCACUUGAGGGAUCGCAGCGCAAUGCCGACAGCCACUCCUCUCUCUACAUGAGCCACUUAAAGUGCUCCUCUUGCGGCUCCCAGUCCCCCCAGCACUCAGAAGUGUGUCCCAACACCUCUGCGUCCCGAUUGGCCGAGGAGAUGGCAGAGCUUCAUUCAGAAUACUCCGACUCCAGCUGUGAAAACGGGACUUUCUUCUGUAACGAAUGCGACUCGAAGUACGCAGAGGAGGAAGCUCUGAAGCGCCACAUGCUGCAGAUGCACAGUGACAAGCCAUACAAGUGUGACCGCUGCCAGGCUGCGUUCCGCUACAAGGGAAACCUCGCCAGCCACAAGACCGUUCACACAGGAGAAAAGCCGUAUCGUUGUAACAUCUGUGGUGCUCAGUUCAACAGACCAGCCAACCUCAAGACCCAUACACGUAUUCACUCAGGAGAAAAGCCAUACAAAUGCGAAACAUGCGGAGCGCGUUUUGUACAGGUCGCUCACCUCCGGGCUCAUGUGUUGAUCCACACGGGGGAGAAGCCGUACCCCUGUGAGAUCUGUGGGACGCGCUUCCGUCACCUGCAGACGCUGAAGAGCCACCUGCGCAUCCACACGGGAGAGAAGCCCUACCAUUGUGAGAAAUGCAAUUUGCACUUUCGCCACAAGAGUCAGCUACGAUUGCAUCUUCGACAGAAGCACGGCGCGAUAACUAACACAAAGAUCCAGUACCGCAUGUCCACCUCGGACCUGCCCACAGACCUGACUAAGGCCUGCUGAGCGGCAAAGGAGGGCGGCCAUAUUGACCACGGCAUUCAAAGACCCCACUGUGUACAAUCAUCCAAAACUGUAGUGCCACACUGUGUUGAUUUGAUGGGAAGGAUAUAUGGGCAGUAUGUGCCAAGUACACGGGUUUCCUCAACAUGUGAACAUAGAACCACAUCUGGUAUCUUAGUCACUUUAUUGUUUCUAUAUAGAUAUAAAUAUAAAUAUAUAAGUAUGCCGGCAGUGUUUUGAAGCUUUGAAGGUACGUAAUAUAAAGCUUUAUUUUGUUGACUAAAGGAUGGAAUGUAAAGAGUAAAAAUCCAGUUUUUGAGGAUGAAGUAUUUUAUAUAAAAGAACUUACUUUUUCUGAAAGUAUUUGAAAUUUUGAUUGAAGGGUGGUACUAUAUUUUAAGGUAACGUAAGAUUUGGCUGUAUAUAGAAUUUAAGACAUUUUCUGUCUACAUAUGAUACCAUGUCGAGUUGCAAAAAUUUGACAUCUUAAUUGGUAAAUUAAGCGGCUGAAAUGAAGAGAAUGACUGCUGCUCUUUGAAGUGGAAGAAAUGCAUGAUUCAUUACUACUGUUGCCAACAGUUAACGUUCAUGAACCGGGCAACUGCAUAAAUAUCGUGACAAUGUGUAAUAUCUAUUAGGUUGCUCUCUGCUGGCAGAGCCAAUCUAUGAUUAAAUGUUGAAAUAUGCAUUUCUGCUUUGGUAUGACCAAGAAGAUAUUUGACUUCAAACGUGUUUGUAUAGAUGUGGUUUUGUUUUAGUUUCCUUUUUUGGUAAGUGAAGGUUUACAGUUUGUCGUUCUAGAAGCUAAAGUGAAGUUGUAUAAAUGUCCAAAAUUGUGUUUGUACAUACACGGUGUACUUAAUGUGCCUUUCUAUCAGGUGGCUGGAUACCUUUAUGUUCAGGCUUCCUGUUAAGGUACAGCUUCAUGACGUCACGUGUCCAAGGUUUCUUUGGGGGGGUGUGUGUGUGUGUGUGUGUGUUUGGGUGUAUAUUUUCUAAAAUGCUCGUCACCAACCUUAAACCGUGCAAAUCAUAAUCGCUCAAUCUCUUAAGUCUUCUGGACUUAGUUUGAGUUUUUUUUUUUUUACAGCAUUAAACUGUACAAUCUUAGAUGUAUGAAUGUAAAAUAAAAGGUAUUGGAUUUCUAUGUA